CAAAACGCGGGAGACGUGAACGGUGAAGUUGAAAUGGACGAAGAUGAUUUUGAAUCGCAAUAUGCAGAUGAAUUAGACGCUCUGGAAGAUUUUGAACCACCUGAUUUCUCUCCAUGCAAAACAAAGAGAAGUCUGAAAUUUGAAACGCCAAAUGCCAAGACAACAAAAGACUUAAACACAAGCCACUUGGAAUUAUUAGAAAGUCCAGAGAAACCAAUUAAUGGUGCCAUUUUAUCAAAUGGGAUAUCAUACAGGCCGGAGAAAAGGCUGAGGAGUGAGGAUGAGUUUGACAACUUAUCAGGAUCAGACAGUCAAGAGGAGGAUUUCCCCUCACUGAAAAGACAGACCAAAAAGGCAAGAACUGAUGAUUUGAACAUCCCCACUUCUACAAAUCUCCCUCCCUCCACAGUUAGUCAAGCAGAAAAAAGAAUCACAGAAAUACGCAGACAUCAUGUUCACCAGAAUGGAGAGAGACAUGUUCCUGAUUUAAUUGAUGAUUAUGACUAUGAGAGGCCUAGAGUCCAUAAGAGAAUUCCCAAUGGAGAUUUUAUAAGUACAACAAGUUCUGAGGGGGAAAGGUGCUAUAUCAUCCUCAAAGAAGAAACAACACUAUCAAAAGAGUUUGAAGAUGUUGGAAAAAAGAAGAAGAAAGGACAGUUACUCUCCAUUUCAUUUGAGGAAUUGCGUGACCAAGCAGAGAAACUGAGACAAGAAAAACUGAUCCAAGAGGCAGAGAAAUUGACACAGGAACUUCACAGGGAUUUGACGGAGAGGCUAAGUGACAUUGAUGAAGAAGAAGAGGAACCAGAAAACAGUGAACCAGAAAAACUUCUGUGGGUGGAAAAAUUUGCUCCCAAUACUUACACAGAUUUACUCAGUGAUGAGUCUAUAAAUAGAACUUUGCUUCACUGGUUGAAGCUUUGGGAUUAUGUGGUGUUUGGAAAAGAUGUCAGAUUGAAAAAGAAAGAGGUUACCAAGAAAGAAAAGGAAAAAGAUCAGAAAAAGAAGAAAUUCUUACCAGAAGUCAUUGAUGAGUUGGAUAAACAUAACCGCCCAGUGCAAAAGCUUGUUCUGCUGAAUGGGCCACCUGGCCUAGGGAAGACAACUCUUGCUCAUGUAAUUGCCAAACACAGUGGAUACAAUGUUGUUGAAAUGAAUGCUAGCGAUGACAGGAGUGCUGAAGUCUUUAAGACCAAACUGGAGGCUGCCACACAAAUGAAGUCGGUGCUGGAAUCAGACCCCAGACCCAAUUGUCUUGUGAUUGAUGAAAUUGAUGGAGCCCCACAAGCAGCCAUCAACAUACUUUUAAAUUUUGUUAAAAGAUCUGAUGAACCAGGCUCAAAAAAGAAGAAAAAAGAUGAAGGAAUACUUCUAAGACCCAUUAUUUGUAUAUGCAAUGACCAGUAUGUUCCAGCUUUGAGACAGCUAAGAAUGAAUGCCCUAGUGAUUAAUUUCCCCCAGACAGAACCAGCUAGACUGGCAAGCAGAUUGUCAGAGGUUGCAAAAGCCCAAAGUUUGAAGACAGACUUGAACACAUUGCUAGCACUUUGUGACAAGACAGAGAAUGACAUUAGAUCAUGUAUCAACACUUUACAGUUCUGUUUUAAACAGAAGAAAGAGUUGUCUAUGAGAACUGUUCAGACUAUGAAUGUUGGUCAGAAAGACUCUAAUAAAAGCUUGUUUUCUAUGUGGUAUGAGGUUUUCUCAAUGCCAAGACCUAAAAGGAAUAAGUUUAUAAGUUUACAUGAUAUUCAAGGAAAAGACUGGAAAAAGAAUGAUAACUUGUCACUGGAAUCAAGGUUUAAGAACAUUCUACAUUCUGCACAGUGCACUGGAGAAUACUCAAAAGUUAUCCAAGGGAUGUUUGAAAAUUACCUGGAGUGUAAAUUCAAAGAUCCCAAGAUGGAAGGACUGGUGGUAGCCAAUGAUUGGCUGUGCUUCACAGACCUGGUGAACUGCCAGAUCUCUCAGACACAGAAUUACAGUAUCAUGCCUUAUAUACCAUAUGUAACGGUAACCUUCCACCUCUUGUUCGCCUCUAACCAACCCCAGAGGAUUCAGUAUCCACAUGCCGACCAAGAGGCUUUAACCCAGAAACAGAAGAGCUCUAAUUUAGUGACGUCGCUGAUGUCAGACAUGGUUCCAGCUGUCCGUAUGUUUGUCAGUGAGACAGAUGUGGUACAGGAAGUCCUACCUCCCCUACUGGAAAUCAUACAACCAAAUCUCAGGCCUGUGAAUACUCAGUUAUACAGUGUGAAGGAAAAGCAAGAUUUGGCAGAAUUGAUCAGAAUCAUGAUAGCCUACAACAUGACUUACAAUCAGGAGAAAACUCCCGAGGGCCAGUAUACCUAUGUCCUUGACCCCAAUAUGGAAGAAGUUGCCAGAUUUCAAGGGAUGAAGCAACAUAAACAGCUGACAUAUGCUGCCAAACAGUUGAUUUCAAGAGAGAUUGGUUUGGAAAGGUUAAGAAGAAAUGAGACUCCAAGUAUAAGUUCUAAGAAGACAAAAGCAGAACCUGAAAAGGACUUUGUACCUAACCAUUUACAGAGAUUGGAAGCCAAGCCAGUCAUGAAUCAAGAGGAAGCCGCUGAGAGAGAUUUCUUUGGUCGUAUUAUCAAGAGAAAGACACCAGAAGCCAAAGCAGAGGACAAGAAGGAGAAGAAGAAUGUGUUAAACACAGACAUUUGGUUUCACUUCACAGAGGGAUUCUCUAAUGCAGUGAGGCGGAAUGUCAGGGUGCAGGAUUUUAUUUGAAUAUUAUAUUUAUACAUACUUUAUUCUCUAUAU